AUGUCCCGUUACGUCCCAGGCCGAUUUCCUGCAGCUGGCGCAUCACCCGUUGCCGACCGUAUACGCGAAAGACGAGGGGCAAGAGGACUGACGGCGCUUGACGGAACUCUUUUACAUGUCCCCCCAGUCGCAGAAGGUUGGAAUUCGCUGCUUGGCGCCAUUCGCACGAAAGGAGCGCUUCCAGGCGACGUCCGAGAGCUUAUGAUUCUUCGAGUCGCCGCAAGAAAUCAUGCAGCUUACGAAUGGAUUCACCAUGAGCAUGUUGGCCGUUCCCAUGGCCUCACGACUUCUCAACUUUGGGCCAUUCGCGAUACUAUCCACCCCCCUCAACUAAAUGUCCUCUCUCCUCUCUACUCCGCUGCCCUGGCCUUUGCCGACCACAGCACUGUACACGUGAAGGUUCCGCAGGAUGUCAUGUCCGAUUUACAACAGCACCUCCAACCACUUGCAUCGAGUGUUAAUCUCGAUGUCGCAGAUUUGCUGGUUGAAGCUGCCGCAGUGGUCGCAACCUACAACAUGGUCUCGCGCUUCUUGGUCUCUUUGGACAUAGCCGGAUCUUCUGACGAUGUCGUUCCAUGGCCAGUCGACAGCACUGAACACACAAUCGAGCUGGCGCCCAACGUCAACAUUCAUGCCAUAACACUCGUCACCCACCCCAAUGCUCCUUGGAUUGCCUUCUCAAAUUCAUUGCUCACGGACGAGGGGAUGUGGGAAUGGAUUGUCCCACACAUAAUUGCACCGGCUUCGUCAGCCCCGAAUUGGCCGUUCAAAGGCACCUACAACAUCCUCCUCCAUUCUCAACGCGGUCAUGGCCAGUCGUCUGUUUCGGCAGCGCCGUGCACUAUCCCUCUCCUCGCACAUGAUCUGGCUCAUCUCAUUUCCAUUCUUAUUCCGUCAGGAAAGGUCAAAUGCGUCAUCGGUGUCUCGCAAGGGGGUGCUGCCGCUCUAGCCUUUGGUGCACUCUAUCCCACGCUCACAGAAGGCGUUAUUUCAUGUGAUACGGGGCCCAAAACUGCUCCAGGGAAUGCGGAAGCAUGGCAAGAACGUAUUGCCCUUGCAAAAACAAAAGGCAUCGAGGAGCUAGCUAGUGUGACUGUUGACCGCUGGUUCCCUUCUCCGUCCAAAUGUGGACAAGGAGGUUCGAGAUACGGAAGGACAGAAACAAUCAAGAAAAUGAUUGCGACCACCAGCAUCCCCGCUUUCGAGCUCGGAGCAGGCGCUCUCAUGUCGUACGACCUACUCAAACCGCUUUCAGAAGACGGCGUCGAUUUGCUGCACAGCGAUGUCAAAACCAAAGUGCUGCUUGUUGCCGGCGAGCUCGAUGGCGGGGGUAAAGUUGCAGCUGGAAUGAAAGGAUUGCGCGAAAAAUGGCUUGAAGCUACGCCAGCUGCCAAGGUCGAAUUCGCCGAGAUUGCCGGCGCGGGUCAUCUUCCGAUGAUCGACGAAACAGAGAAAUACUGGGAAGUCGUGAGCGCAUUCCUGAAGGGGUUGUGA